CUCUGGCGUCUCGAGACCUCUUUGUGUUAUUCUACAGCGGGCGUGUCGUGGCGUUGGGUUAUGCUCUUAUGAGGAAAUUUGUGCUGAGUGCUUUGUCUGUACAAACGAGGGUGCUUCUGUUUUGUUUGAAUCACCCUUUUCCUGGAAUCUGAAGAGAGUAUGGUAUUUGACUUGUGACCGCCCCUUUUUGCCUUUGGGAUACGCCCCGAAGUGGUAGAAGUAUAUUCCACGUCCUACGUUACAGUCCUGUUUCCUCCCCGAACACCCAAUCCCCACGAUUCUGGUUCCAGUGACCCUUCUACCAUGGCACUCAGCCAUCCUACAGAGCUGGACCCGCUGGUCGACCGAUUCCAGCACUUAUCAGGAAAAGUCCGUGCUGGCGAAGCCCUGCAGAUGCUUAGGAAGAUUGCCUCGAUGGUGAAACCGAUCAUGCGGCAGCGCAAUUGGCGGGUCGGGAUCCUGACAGAAUUCUACCCAUCAGAAUUCAAUCUGCUCGGCUUGAACGUCAACCAGGGCGAGAAGAUCUGUCUCCGACUCCGCUACGCUGGAGACGAGACGCAGUUCCUGCCAUUAGAAAACAUCGUCGAUACGAUGUUGCAUGAACUGGCGCACAUUGUUUACGGGCCGCACGACCAAUACUUCCACGCCUUGUGGGACAAGCUUCGGGACGAGCACGAGGCUCUUCUUAGGAAAGGGUAUACGGGUGAAGGCUUCUUGGGAACUGGUCGCAGGUUGGGCGGAAGACGUGUGCCAGUGGCCGAAAUCAAGCGACAGGCUCGAGCUGAAGCCGAGAAACGACGCGACCUCACCAGAGGAAGUGGUAAGAAACUUGGCGGCCGAGGCAUACUGCGUGGACAGGAUGCCAGAGAGGUCAUUGCCGCGGCGGUGGAGAGGAGAGUGCGCGUCGAACGCGGCUGCGCCAAUGUUGGCGACAAGGGCAGGCGGGUCGCUCAGGAGCAAGAAGAAGAGGCGAAAAGGGAAAAGGUGACCACCACCAAGGCGGAACAGGAGGACGAAAACGACGCGGCUCUCAUGCAAGCAUUUAUCGACUUGAUACAGGAAGAAGAGAGUCAAUUGUACGGCAAGGACUACGUCCCUCCAACCCAACAGAACCCAGCUGGUACUAAGGGUGCCCUGGCUUCUCGGGAUGGUGUCCCAAAGAGUAUAAAGCCGCAAUCUGACUCCCCUUUGGAUUCAAAUGCUCUGCGUGAGCAGCAACUCCAGAUUGAGAGGCAGUUGCAAGAAGCCCGAGCUCAGGUGCGGCCGCAACCUCAAAAACCGCGGCAAGCUACUCCGGACUUCAAGGCUACAAAGUCCAGGCCUACCACCAAGCCUCGGGAGCGGCCAUCUCAGGUUGCGCCAGCACAGUCCACCAAGAGUCCAUCUCGAUCGACCACACUCGAAACCUGGACCUGCGAUAUUUGCACCCUCAUUAAUCCUUUCCAACAUCUCAUGUGCGACGCCUGCGGGACAGAACGGCCGGAAAUCUAUGCCCACCAACCAUUAUCCUCCAAGUCUACCGCCCGGUCAAACGGGACCACCACCCAUCCGUCCCAUCCUGCGCUCCAACCGCGCUUGUCGAGCGGCGAGGCGUUGGCUAAGAUAGAGUCGCAGGCCAAAGCAAAGACGCAGACAAGGCCUAUGGGAUGGACGUGCGGUACGUGCGGGAACUGGAUGGAAAGCGAGUGGUGGACGUGUGCGGCUUGCGGAAGGAUGAAGACGAGUUCAUGAUGAAACGACUAGCCAUGUCCCUGCAACGCGCAUUGAUGAUUGCUAUGUUAAUGCGGUUACGAGAAUGAUGGACGCUCUAUCUAGCUAAUGCUUUGUUUGGAGCCAUGUGUGUGAUCCCACGAGAGUAUCAGAGACGUACACAUCUCAAGGAGAGAUCAUGUGUCUUGCGUCCCGCUGGGCGGACCAUACUCAAUAUACACCUCAUCGGGUUUCCAACCGUCAAUCGCUUUCAAACCCCCGGCCUCCCAGGAGGAAGGAAUCUUGUUCUUCUUUCCGUGAAUCAAAGAACAUACCGGAAAGAGAUAUGGUCAUCUUCGAGUUGCUCCAGGGUUCUCAUCUCAGCAAUGUGCGGAUGAAUCUGGCCACGAUGGGCAUAAUCAUUCAAGAUCCGCUCCUUCUUGUUGUUCUGAUAGCGCAUCCAGAAGUAAGCCGCGGCGACAUUGACAGCACCGAGCGUGAAGAUGCCCAACACGGUGCCAUGGCCGCCAAGGUACCUAGGAGGAUUGGUGUAGAUGCGGGUUCCCAUGAUGGAGAAAGCGACGCCAAACACCUCGGAAAAGGCCCAGGUGCCACCGCGCUUGGUGAAGCCUGGAGUGUUGAUGGAGAGCCAUACGGGAAGCAGAUUCCCGAUCGGAUAACAAGCAGAGGUAACCAGACAAGUGGCCACCACUCUUGCCACGGUCGACGACACGGUCAUCAGGAGGAUGUAACCGAGCAUUCCCACACAACAACAGGUGAAGAUGAUGGGUCCUUUGACAUUCAGCCGGUCUGAGGCGUAGCCCGUCACAAUCACCGUGACGAAGGCGCAUGUGUAUGGGAUGACUGAGAAUAGCUGGGUGUGGACUGUCGAAGGGAAGGAAGUCAGUAAUCACUCUGGCUAACUGUGUGGCUGAUGAAAGAGAGGGGCAACUCGCCUGGAUUGAAGCCAAAGUCAUGGAUGAACGUGGGCAGGAAACUGCCGACGACUGACACGCCCAGUACGGCUGCACCUUGCACGAAGCCGAAGAAAUACGUCUUGAUGUCUUUCACCACAGCCAGGAGUUGUCUUGGUCGAAACUUCUCUCGUUCAAUGUUGUACGCUGGAAAUACCAUCAGUUAGCCAUCUCAGAUGAUGCCGACAAGGUUUUAUGGCAAAUCUUACCGGCAUAUCGGUUGUGAGCCAAAUCAAUCUCCUCCUGAUUGAACAGCCAAUGGCCUUUCGCGCGCCUGUGCAGGUCGUCUGGAAACCGUGGCAAAACGAUCACCACGGCGAGACCAAUACCGACGGCCAGAACGCCUUCGAUGAGGAACAGCCACGACCAUGUUGAGCGUCCGGUGGGCGAAGCCAUGUCUGCUUGGACACCGUAUGCGAUUAGGCCGCCGAAUGCACCGGAUAAAGUUGCACAGGCAUAAAAGAUUCCUAGGAAGCCUCCUUGUCAGCCAGGCCAUCUUGUCCAUAUCACACGAAAACGAACAAUUCUCCUUACCAGUCCGGGUUGCCAUCUCGUCUCGUCGGUACCAUAUGCUACAAUAGAUCAUGGCCAGCUGGACGAAGCCCUGUCCGCAACCCAGCAAGAUCCGCAAGGCAAGGAUGGUGGAAUAGUUCUUGGCUUCCGCCAUCCCACAGAGGCAGAUGCCGAAGAACAUGCAUGCCACCCCGAGCGACCGGUUGGGCUUGAACUUCUUCGCCGUCAAGUUUGCCGGGAACAUCGAGAUACCAUAACCAAUGACUGAUGGAACUUUGUCAGCAAGAAGCCUGUCUUCGAAAGGGGAGCCAAAGGAGCAGGCGACUUACAGAACAUGGUCAGGCAGUUGUAGAACUGGCCCGCAGUCAUAUGGAGAUCUUUCUGCAAUCCCAUGAUCCUGGCAUUGCCGAUGCUAUUGCGGUCCUUUUGGCCCUCUUAGUGUUUUGGCACGCCAACUGGGUGAAUCAUAAGAAGAGCAUACAAGAUAUGACACCAGGUGCACCAUCGAAAACAGCGGUAUGAUGACAAAAUCUGCCUUCCGAAGCAGACGCUUUUCAACUGGUGUCCGAGUCUGGUGUUGCUGAGAACCAGCAAUGACUUCGGCUGGGGUGAGCUCAUACUGCUCGAUUUGUUCGACGUCGAACGUCUUGUCCAUGGUGCAAGAAAGGGGCAGGCGAUCCGAAGAAGCAACGUCUUCAAAGCUUCAAGACCAAGUGUCCAAGAUACUCUCGCGAUGAUCCCAUCAAGUACCAUGAAAACUUUCCGGAUAAUCCUGUCAGCGCUUUAUAGGUAGCUUCAAGGAAGCAGGAGCAUGGGGGCCGACGCUCCGCAAAAGACCAUUGAAAAUGCGGAGAUACCUUGUCUUUUGCGGAGCGUGGAAAAAUCGGCUCAAGUCCUGUCGCAGGAUGGUGGCUAGUGCGUGCUCAAUAUCCCCAAGACGCCGUCGAAAUCGCUUCGAAGGUCGCCAAAAGCAUGUCUUGGACUCUCAUCAAGUGUGUCAGAUCGGACUCUGACCAUUUUGAUAACGGAGUUAACAGCAGAUUCAGUGGCCGUUUGCUUGUGGGACCUGAUAAAUUUGGGGGGAGGGAGUCCCGAGGCACCAUUCCAUAAAGCCGGGUCCGCCAACGCUUGGAUUUGGGGAAGGUAUUUCCUGGGGUAGCCUCGAACUUGAAGGAAAGCAAAUAGUCCAAUAUCAAUCGAGUACACAACAGUUCCAAGGUUGUGCCGGUGUUGAAGCUGAAGUUUACCGACUGCGUGCCUCACAGCUGGUGUCUACCCAAGUAAUCGAAGACGUCAAUUGUAAAGGAGGCGACACGUUCCAUGUUGUCUUUAGCUUUCGUCCUGAAU